CACGUUACAAAUGGUGAAGAAGGUGAAGCAAUGUCUGAGGGAGAAGUAGACGAUGAGGAAGAAGAGGUGGAGGAUGAAGGUCGGACUGAGAGAACUAACCACGAAAAAUCUCACCAUGGUCCCACACGUCACAGUCAUCCUCGCCAGCAUAUCGGUAGCCGCAGUAGCUCCCAUCGCCAUCAGCUAAAACCACCUGCACAACAUCGGAAUCGACGCCAACCGGUGUCCUCGCAUGACCGCAGGCGGAAUGCUAACGAUUCCACCCACUCAUCAAUGCUGACUGCGAAGCGCGCUCGUCGGCGGUCUGACGAGAGGGAGGGCUACACAAGAACUCGGUAUUCGUCACCACCACCACCGGCUCGAAGGCCCCGCACACAUCGUGCACCCAUUGUUAAUGGCACCAGUUCCACUCGAAGAAAUCGGUUUUCAUCAAGUAGUGGAAAAUUUGCAGACGUUAUGGUGGCUCGCGGACGCCUAGCUCCAGCCUUUACCUCACACCGCUCCGGUGCUGUGGGUGUCCGGAACGGUCGAAGACCUCCAACUCAGAGAUCAUUUGCUCAACGACGGUAG